AGACUUUUGAGCAAUAACAAAAUAACAACCCUGAAGAAUGGCACUUUUAUUGGACUACAUGCUCUUGAAAAGCUAGACCUAAAGAACAAUUUGAUUAGCACAAUCCAGCCUGGAGCUUUUCUGGGCCUCAAGGACCUGAAACGCUUGGAUCUCUCCAACAACCGCAUUGGCUGCCUCAACAUCGGCCUCUUCCAGGGACUGUUCAGCCUUAUCCGUCUGAAUAUAUCAGGAAAUAUCUUCUCCACCCUCCAGAGUGGAGUCUUUGAUGAGUUGCUGUCUCUGAAAGUUCUUGACUUUGCCACUGAAUACCUGACCUGUGACUGCCAUGUGCGCUGGGUCCCAGUCUGGUUCAAAAGCCGUUCUGUCCAGAUAUCUGAUAAGACGGUGUGUGUCUACCCCAGCAGCCUACAUGGGAAGCCACUGCAAAACAUCAGAGAGAGCCAGCUGCGCUGUGAAGGGUCCCCAGAGCUGCACACUCAUCAGCUAAUCCCCUCCCUGAGGCAAGUUGUCUUCCAAGGAGACCGACUCCCUUUCCAAUGUACAGCCACCUACCUGGACAACAGCACACACAUCCUCUGGUACCACAACCGCGCAUUGGUGCAAGAAGAUGAACCUAGUGGCAUCAUCUUAGAGGACAGCCUCGUUCAUGAUUGCACUUUAAUCACAAGUGAGCUCAUCUUGUCCAACAUCCAUGUCUCAGCUAGUGGAGAAUGGGAGUGCACCAUCUCCACUGCCCAGGGCAACGUUAGCAAGAAGGUGGAGAUUGUUGUGCUGGAGACAUCGGCCUCGUACUGCCCACCUGAGCGGGUUACCAACAACCGUGGAGACUUCAGGUGGCCACGCACCUUGGCUGGCAUCACUGCUUAUCAAUCAUGCCUCCAGUAUCCCUUCACUUCUGGGAACACGGGCUCUAGCCACGAAAAGCAGGCAUGGAGGCACUGUGACCGCACAGGCCACUGGGAAGAAGGGGACUAUUCACACUGCUUGUACACCAAUGAUAUCACCCGUGUACUCUACACCUUUGUGCUGAUGCCCAUCAAUGCCUCUAAUGCACUAACCCUAGCCCACCAGUUGCGGGUCUACACAGCUGAAGCUGCAAAUUUCUCAGAUAUGAUGGAUGUCAUCUAUGUGUCUCAGAUGAUUGAAAAGUUUACAGGUUAUGUAGACCAAAUCAAACAGCUCACAGACGUCAUUGUGGAGAUGGCAAGUAACAUGAUGCUGGUAGAUGACCAUGUUCUGUGGAUGGCUCAGAUCGAAGACAAAGCUUGUACCAGCAUAGUGCACUCCCUGGAGAAGAUUGCCACUUACGCUGUCAGCACCAACUCUCAGCAUAUGGCUGUGAACUCCAGGAACAUUGCCUUUGAAGCCUACCUUAUCAUGCCAGAAAGUUAUCUGGGCAUGAGCUGCACGGCUUUCCAGAAGCGUGAGACACUCGGUAGCCGUUCUCCGCGACAGGAACGGUACUCUGAGUCCUUGGCAGACCAGCAGCUGAAGUUCCGUUGUGCUACAGGUCGGCCAAAUAUCUCCUUGGCCAGUUUCCAUAUUAAGAACAGCAUUGCCCUGGCUUCCAUUCAGCUGCCUCUGGGCCUCUUCUCCCCACCAGUUCCCCACCGGCCCAUGCCCGUCAAGUGUAAGCUUCAGUUCCUGGUGUUUCGCAACGGCAAGCUCUUCUGCAGCACUGGAAACUCUUCCCACCUCGCCGAUGAUGGCAAGCGACGCAGCGUGGCCACCCCAGUGAUCUACGCAGGCACACACGGCUGUGGAGUAAGCAACCUCACCGAGCCAGUCAUCAUAUCGUUGCGACAUUUGGACAAGGGCACAGAUCGCACGCCGGCUUUCUGGGACUUCGACGUGCUGGGUGGUUACGGUGGCUGGAGAGCAGAAGGUUGCCAGCCGGUCCUUCAGGAACCCAACUUCACCACUGUGAGCUGCCAACAUCUCAGCAACACUGCUGUGCUGAUGGAACUGACCAAUUUCCCGCAUGACUCACAGAGUCCAGCUGAAGUGCUACAUCCUGUAAUUUACAGUUGCACAGCUCUCCUCCUCCUGUGCCUGUUUACCACCAUCAUCAUCUACAUCAUCAACCACAGCACCAUUCAUAUUGCACAGAAGUGCUGGCACAUGCUGCUAAAUCUCUGCUUUCACAUCGCCAUGACAUCAGCUGUGUUUGCAGGUGGCAUUACCCUGACCAACUACACAGCCAUAUGCCAGGCAGUUGGUAUCAUUCUUCAUUAUUCUUCCUUGUCUACUCUACUGUGGAUGGCAGUAAUGGCACGAGUGAUCUACAAGGCGUCCACCUGGAAAGCCCCCCAACAGCAGGAAGGGGAACCAUCUCAGCCUGCCCCACGUCCAAUGCUACGGUUCUACCUGAUUGCUGGUGGGAUCCCCCUGAUCAUUUGUGGGAUUACAGCGGCAGUCCGUAUUGACAAUUAUGGAGAUCAGGACUCAUACUGCUGGCUGGCUUGCCGACCAAGCAUUGGAGCGUUCUAUGUGCCUGCAGCUUUCAUUCUGCUCAUCACCUGGAUUUACUUCCUAUGUGCUGGAAUCAGUCUGCAGUGCCAAGCUAAGGAUCCCAAAGAAACACCCAAGCCCUUGGAAACACGGCAGCGCUUGGGAGGCAGUAGCAACCUGUUGACCGAUUCAGGGUCACUUUCGGUCACACUGAAUUCCAGCCCCCACACUGCUGAUGUUGAUGGUGUGUAUUCCCUAGGGGUGCAGCUCUGGGCCCUUGUCAUCACCCAUUUCCUAUACCUCACUCUGUGGACAUUUGGAGCAAUGGCAGUAUCUCAGCGCUGGUUCCUCCUGAAGGUUGUCUUCAGUUGCCUCUAUGGAGUCACUGCUGGAGCAUUAGGGUUCUUCAUCUUUAUCUACCACUGUGCCCGACGCAGAGAUGUACAAAGUUCAUGGUUUACCUGCUGCCCAUCUUACAGGAAUGCUUUACCUAUGCAGGCUUAUGGGCACACUGGAGUGGGUGUUGAGGAUGGCUCACAGGUCUUCAUUGGCUGCAGCCCAGAAGUAGCGCACUCCAUUAAGUCUUCAUCUUCCCCUACCAGCACAAUUUCAGCUCCGGGGCCCUGCAAGCUCAACAAUUUGCAAGUGGCCCUUGGCCAGACAGACAGUAACCCUGUAACAGCUGCCUGCUAUGAGGAUGCAGAGCCAUCCAACAGUAAGAGUACCCCCCCAACCAGGUAUACGAACAAUCUCCAUGGGCGCACCAGGCAUCAUAAAAGCAGAACUAAACUGUACCGAGAAGGGAAGCAUCAGCGCCUAAAGUCAAUGCGGGGACCUUCCUCAGAGCAUCCUACUAGUGAGAGUGGGAGCCUUCAGAACAGUCAUUCAGAGAGUUACCAAAGCAGCCGGAAUAGCCCUCUGAACAACCGGAACCAAGGGAUAGUUCUGACCCUGGAGUCGGCCCUGACACAGUCCGACUUGAGCGAUGGCAGUGGUGGUCCCCAGGCUGCAGACUUUGGCCGAGGCCAGAGGAGAAGUGCCAGCAGAGACAACCUUAAGCAUCAGACCAACACCCCCGUAGAAAGAGAGACUAAGAGGCGCUCCUUCCCACUCAAUGCAGCCAAUCAGAAUGGGGUCCUGAAGGGCAGCAAGUAUGACAUAAAUCUCAGUGGUGCUGACAAUGCAGGCAGCAUGAAAACAGGUCUCUGGAAGAGUGAGACAACAGUGUAGGAAAGGGUCAAAGGCCCCUGCAGCUAGGAUCCUAGAGCAACACCAACUCAGGUAAGAAGCUGCAGGUUACCCUUGUUGCUAGAGCCUGCCAAACUCACUGAAGAGGACAUUAUUAUGCACUAUAUAGGCUUGGAUAGUAUGAGAUGGGUAGGCAAAAACCAUGCUCCCUGCCGGUCCUUCUGAGUGGAUGGAGCAGGGAGACUGUUUUGACCUGUCCUGGGAACCACAGCACAUUUCACUUAUAUAUCAGGUGAAGUUGCUGUUCUUUGUGCCAGGGAACAUUCUUCUCCAAAGGAUGGGCAGAAAGCCACCAUCACCCAAGGUGCCAAAGUUGCAAAGCGAGAGACAAUCAUCUGUUCUUGUGAUUGAACGGUCUCCCUUCUUCAUGUCGCUUGAGAUCCUUGAUAUUUUUGUAUAACAUACCAAGGAAGGCGGUGAUCUAUAAGCUAAAAUUUUUAAUAUACUGUGUACAUAUGUAUAGGCAAAAUUGCUAUCCAAUGGAAAGUUCCUGCAUGCUUUACACUAAAUAACUCAUGUUGUGUAAGAGGAGGGCAGCUCUCCCCUGCCAUUCAAAGCCUAUGCACGUACCUAGCUUUGGUUUGUUUUUGAUAAAUCUAGUAAGUGAUUGUGGAAUUGUCAAGGAAAAAGCAGAUUGAAAGAGAUGCACUAUUAAAUGUUACCAUCUGAAGGCGCAUGCUUGGAUGACAAUCUUUAGUCUUCUUCAGUCUUCCUUAAGGGAAGACUUGGGGAGAAUAUGAUCCGUUGGGCAUCACUACCCAAAGAUGCUUAACGGUAGAGGUAUGCAAAACAUUUAGAGCUCAGAACAGCUGUUCAUGUUUGGAGUGGCUUGUUCUGAUUUUACCAGAAUGCUGCUCUAGAAGAGUUUUCAAUUCAAAAGAGAAGUUUCAAAGUUGAAACACUUCUGGAGCAAAAUAAUUCAGGUAAGGUCAGAACAGUUGUUCUGAGCUUGAGAUGUUUUGCUGAGUCUACUUAAUAGCACUUUCAGGCAGAAGCUAUCAACAAGUCCACCUUCCAAGUCACUGGAGAGGAAUGGGAUAUUACCGGUUUGUGCUCCCAUGGCCAAGGCUCUUGGGGCAUAUUUGCCACACAGCUGGUAAACAGUCCUGAAGGCUUACUUCCAACUUCGAAUGUGGGGAAGGGAACACACUAAGCAAAUGCUGAGACAGCUCUACCCAUUUCAAAGUUGGGUCCCUCCUCACAUGAAACCCGACUAUAGGCAUGAUGCAGCUAACAUGCCACAUAGAAGCCUCUGAAAAACAUGAGGCUGCUGAGCUGUUUAAUUGGCAAGAAGUCAUUAAAAAAAUGUAGAACUUAAUUUUAUAGUCCUUUCCAGGGAUAAGGAAAGCCCAGUGCUCACAAAAGAAUGGGAUAUUAUACUGUUAAUAGAUUAAAAAUGGCAACAGAUCUAUUACGGGCAUUUAUAAGAACUGCAAAUGACAGCCCACACCUUAAAACAUGGAUUCUCUCUCCUGUACAAGAGAGAUUUUCCUCUGCCUAAAAAUAAAGCAGUGUGCUUGCUUCAGAAAGUUUUUUUGCCCAUGCACACAUCAAUUAUUUUAUUAAAACUGAUCUGUUUAGUUAACCAUAUUUUUUUUAAAGAAGGCCCAUAACCCCAAGGAAAGCACAUGUAUUCAGCCAUCAGAAAAAUAAUAAUAAAAUAACUCACUAUGGAACUUUAAAAUAGAGCAAAAUUGCCAAGGAAAAGGCCUCAGAGGCUUGAAUGACAUUAGUCCUUUAAGGAUUCGGGAAGCUAUGAAAUAUUGUUUUUAAGCACCUUUGGGACAUUCCCUUUUUAUAGAUAUCUAUAUGUAUAUGUGACAUACAUGAAAAAAGGCCUCUUUGCAAUAACUGUUUCACUGAAUUGUGUACCAAUCACCAGACUGAAGUAGGGUUGAAUCUGUUGUGUCAAAAAUGAGUUGAAUGAAGGCAUUGUGAUUCUUUCUGAAAGGCAGCUUCGGAAAGAAUCAGUCUUAUUUGGAAUCUUUGGAAAGAAUCAGUCUUAUUAUCCUCUUUGCUGGCCAUUUAAUUACUCCGUGCCCAGUGGUAUAAGACCACGUCUUACAUACCAUGUUGCCCAUUCAAGAAUAAACCCCUCCUGUAGAUAUGAAAAGCUCAAUCAAAAAAAAAAAUGAUUUCCUAGUCUGAUUGAUGACAGUUCCCAAGUAUGCAGCACUGCAUCUAUAAUGUUACCAGUUGAGGAAAGAUCAGAAUAUGAAACAAAUGAGAAGGAGAUUCAUUCUUAAGUUAAUGAAUCACACCUCUGCUCCAGGUACCUCAGCACAGUAUUCACAGCACCGCCUAUAGGCAUCUUCCUCAGCAACUUCCAGACUUCCUAUUCCACUUUUUAAAAUUAAAACAAUAUUUUAAAGUUAAACAGGAAGCUGGUAUGCUGCAGGGAAAACUGCCACCUUUUGUCAUGUUCUUUAUUUCCAGAAGUGCCUCUAGCCAGGCACGGUCCUCACAGAAGAAGACAACAGCAGUGGCUACAGUCCAAUGCUUUGAAAGUGUGGCCACCUUUUCAGAAAAAGAAGAAAAUCUGAGCAAAUAGCUGGAUAGAAAUCCUUGCUCAUUUUAUUCCUGGUAAAUGACCGUUUCAAACUAGCCUUACCACCAUGGCAGCCGUUCUGAGAAUACACAAACGUGCCAUUGACAGCCAUUUUGUGAGGUUCUCAUAUUUUCAGCACUUCAAAUCUGCCCAAAGGUUGAGGGAUUCCUGCCUUGGCUUAAUGGGAAUUAUGAUUAUGUCUAGCUUUUUUUUUUUUUUUUUUU